AUGCCAGAACACUACCGCAUAACCUACAAUGAAAUCCACAAGCUCAUAUUCGAGGCCUCAAAAAAGAUCAAGGCGUUCAAACCCGAUAUGCUCAUUGCUAUAGGCGGAGGAGGAUUCUUCCCUGCCCGAGUUCUGCGGACAUUCCUGAAGGAUGAAACAACACAUCGAAACAUUCCUAUCCAUGCUAUCGGAUUGUCCCUCUACGAAUCCCUCCCAGGCACCACCGCUGAACAGAUUGGAUCCGAGGUCAUCCGCACACAGUGGCUUGGCCCCGAGUCAGGGAAGAUACUUCUUGGUAGAAGGGCCCUCAUCGUCGACGAGGUCGACGAUUCCCGCAAAACCCUUCAGUAUGCGAUUUCGGAGCUGCAGAAGGACGUAGAGCGCGAGCUGGCGGCACUUCCCGCGCACGAGCGCGAUGCGAAACGAACCGAGUUCGCCGUGUUUGUAGUACACAACAAACUGAAGCCAAAGCACGGGGAGCUGCCGUCAUCGAUCCCAUACUUCGUCGGGCAUGAGGUGGGCGACCUCUGGCUAGAUUAUCCGUGGGAAGCCAUCGACAUCGACGAGCACGAUCGGCUUGCGCGCGAGCAACACAAGACGGAGUAG